CCUGGUCCACAUUUAGGGCAAGGUAGAAACAAGAGCAACAGCGUGAACGUGUUCACUAUUCGGCAGGACAGUGGCCAAACUCCAAAGCCAAACACUUUCGACAAUAAAAACGUGAUAAUGGGUUGGCGUCAUGGUGGUUGUAAAUGACACGACUAGUUUUGAAAGGUCGCGUUAAACGAAGCGCUGCGACGCAUUGCGUGUCCGUGUGUUGCAUUUCUCGAGGCCGACUCCUCCCCCGACUGGAUGGAGCUUGAUGUGUUCGGACGACGACGACGACGACGAGCACGCAACUCGCAGUAGCGCUACAAAUAUUACUUGCACCCUCCCACCCCAAAAAAAAAAAAAAAAAAAAAAAGAGACAAAGUGGACGAUGACAGAACCGGCCUUUUGUUUAUGGAGCCCGUAGCAAGGCUGACGAUUCAGUCCCGCAGGUUUUGUGGCUAUUUCCACGGCGGAAAACCCAGCACCGCCGCAGUAUUAAUAUUAUUAUUAUUAUUUUUUUUUUUUUUUAGCUCACUUGUGAAAGGAAUACACAUCCAAAAAUGUCGUCCCCAAGUCCUGGCAAGAGGCGAAUGGACACCGACGUGGUGAAACUCAUCGAGAGCAAGCACGAGGUCACCAUCCUGAGUGGACUCAACGAGUUCGUGGUCAAGUUCCACGGACCCGCCGGAUCACCUUACGAAGGAGGCGUGUGGAAGGUCAGAGUGGAUCUACCAGACAAGUACCCCUUCAAAUCUCCGUCAAUAGGUUUCAUGAACAAAAUAUUUCAUCCCAACAUUGAUGAAGCGUCGGGAACAGUAUGCUUGGAUGUCAUUAAUCAGACGUGGACGGCGCUCUACGACCUGACCAACAUCUUUGAGUCCUUCCUGCCCCAGCUCCUGGCCUACCCCAACCCCAUCGAUCCUCUGAACGGGGACGCCGCCGCGAUGUACCUUCACCGGCCGGAGGAUUACAAGCACAAGAUCAAAGAGUACAUCCAGAAGUACGCCACAGAGGAGGCGCUAAAGGAGCAGGAGGAGGGCGGCGGGGACUCCUCCUCUGAGAGCUCCAUGUCGGACUUUUCCGAGGACGAGGCUCAGGACAUGGAGUUGUAGUUCUUAUUUAAGACGGACUUAUUUUUUUUACAGCAAGAUUUUUAUGGUUGCUCGCACCCGCCUCCUACCCCCCGGGCUCCAGGUUUUAGCGUCGGGAGUCCAGACUGAGAAGGCUGGAAGAAACCGUGGCGGAUUUACCUUUUCCUCUUCAGGACCUGCAGACACAGUGAAAAAGUUCACCCCAAAAAGCUGCAGUCUGAGUGUUUGAAUGUAAUCUUGGCCAUCGGCGGGAGUCCCAGGAGACGCUCUCCGUUCUCCCGACGUGCCGUUCCUCCUCUCCGUUUUAGGAAAGUCAUUGUCAUUCUCUUGAGUGUCUUUUUGUGUAUUGGUGUGGCAUGACGCAGAGUUCAAGUGGUGUGAGGUUUGUGGUGGGGGUGGGGAGGACACCCGGCCAGGCCUGGCCGCGCCGGGGACUUCGGGUCUCAUGAGAAUUUUGUUGGAUUUUGUAUUUAUUGUUUUGUUUUGUUUUUUUUUUUUUUUUUAUUUAAAAAAAGAAACAUUUACGCAGUUAGCUAGCUAGUUGGCAAGCUCACUGGUUAAUUUGAUCACAAAACAGUCAAAGUUCACUAGUAUGUCGUUAUCAAACAAGCUUGCAACUUGGCUAGCAAGCUAGCUGGUUAUUUUCGUGGCUGAAGUAAGAUGGCUACCUUAUUAGCGAGAUAGUUGUUUGGUUGGGUUGCAAAUUGACGCUGUAUUUUGCCCGUCACCAAGCUAGCGAUCAAUUCAUUUUGUUAGCAAGCUAGCUAACUGGUUGGGAAAUUUAUGUUCACCUUUUGUCAGAAAGCGAACCGCAUUAGUUUGAUUAGGUAGUUAGUUACUAGUUAUCUAGCUAACUUGUUAGUUUGUCAGAUAGCAAAGUAGAUGAGCAAGCUUGUUGGUCAGUUCAGUAUGUAGUCGUCAGCAAGCUAGCAGGUGGACAGCUAAUCAGGUAGAACUCCAGCUCACUUAUGGUUGGCAAACCUAUCGCUGGUUGGUUAGCAAGCUAGUUAGUUUGAGCAGGAUUUUCGCAAAGUUACCUUCCUUGUUUCCAUUUUUAAAAAUCCAUCUCCCUUAAACCAUUUUUUAAAUUUGAAAUUGUAUUAACAAAAUAGAGCCAUAACUAUUUCUUGAGUAAUAUGCUGAAAAACAUUUGAAAUGAUAUCAACAUAUUAGAUUCAUGUAGCAAUUCUAGCAUGUACUGGUUAGCUUGUCAUCCAUUUUGAGAAUGCAUUGAAUGAGGCAUUAUUAUUAUUGGUUUUUUUUUUUUUGGGGGGGGGGGGGUACAGUUUCCAUUUCAAUUCUCAUGAGAGCCGGCGGGGCCGAGGGGUUCCGUGGGUCCGUGUUUCGUCGUUGCCAAUUGCUCGUACCCGACCGUGCUCGUUGUUUGACUUGCGUAGGGAUAGCUUUUGUUUCUUUUCUUGCAGGUGGUGAAUCCUAACGUCGGUUUUAUAUAACACACUUGUACAUGUUUGGGUUCCCGUGAAGACGACGAGAAGUAGGACUUGACUCUUGUUUCAAUCACAUCUUAUAUGCAAAUUGCAAAAUGUUACGUUGUCCAACUGAAGUGCUCUUUUAUUUCCCCCACCAGGCAGUCAACAUUCCAACAAUCCUUCUUUUGGUCACUUAUUUUUAUUUUUCUAAAGGCUCGUUGUUGCUGCAGGACCACAAGUCAUGUAGAAUCUCACUCGGAAAAAGUUACUUUACGCUAAAAUUAAUUUCAGCGCGUGACGUGCGAGUGUGUGGCGUACUCCAAACGACCAACGUGGUAACAACAACGAUAGGGCCACCGAUUAUCGCCACGGUUGCCGUGUCUGUAGAUCGGCCAAACUUGGUUUCUACCGCAAAAAAUUUUUAUUUCAAUUUUUUUUUUAAAUGGUAAAUACUAAUCAGCAACCUUUUUCCGAGCAUAGGACUUUUUAACACACCCCACAAGAUAAUCUCUCAGGAUAAUCUUUUUUUUUUUUUUUUUUUUUUUGCAGCAACGUCCGAUAAUGCUGACUUUGAUCAGAAGAGGUGAAAAAUUUGGCCUAAUUACCCGUAUUUGUGUACCUAUCAGUAGUUGAAGAAUUGCUCUCAGUAAGACCUGACUCAUCAGUGUAUUUUUCUAAACACGUACAUAUUUUAUACCUACUGUUUUUUUUUUCCUUUUUUUUAAAACUUCUUUGUUCCAGAUACGUGAUAUUACAUUUUUUUUGUUGUUGUUUGAAAAAAAAUGGAGUUAAGUGUGCUUAUGUUGUAACCUCCACGGAAUAAACAAAAAAAAAAAUAGAUAUAUAUAAAUAUAUAUAUAAUCAUACCGUCUGUCGGUGUCAUUUUCUCGAUUUUUAGAUUUGCAAACGAGUAUUUUGACAACAAGGUGUCCUCGGUUUGCGGCGGUCCGGACAUAAAAUGUUGUGUUAAAGCCGUACCUAAGUUUGUCAAAAAUUUGAUUGGGAAAAAAAAAAAAAAACAAACGUUUUACGCAGUUAGUAGCUUGUCUGAAAGUUAGCUAACAAGUACCAAUAGUUCACAAGAAAGCUACUUAGCUAAGCUAAAGUUUUAGCUAUCAAGUAUUUUAUUGGACUGAUGCAAAUGUGUAGGAUAUGUAAUUAUGUGGUGGAGAUACUUUAACUAUUCAUCCCGUGGGGGAAAUUAAAUUAAAUAAAACGCGGUCGUAAGGUGAGCACCCCAUGUAGUGUUUUUUAGACUGCUGAGCCUCGUGUGUCCGCUGGAGGGCGCCUCAGUUUGCCUUACAGAGCACAAUCUUGAAAUACACUCAUGUUAAAUCGUAGGUAGUGUUAAAUCAAUAUUAAAUCUCAUCUUGUAUGCCUGCAAUGGUUAUUUUUAAAGUGCCUUCACCAAGAAAUGCAUUUUUUUCAUUUCGUGAGUUUUGAAUUCAUUUCAUUCCAACCACUUUUCAAGCCACUCAAU